ACUGGUCGCCGUCUGUCAGUCACAUCAGCUGAUCCGCUCAAAGACCAAAACAGCAAAUGGUAGCCCAACGUAGCUGGUGUGGUUAAAGUUAUGUCAGGACGUGACCAUAUGAUCGUUUGUGAAAAGAUCCUGGCUUUGGAGAGGAAUUGAGAGCAUCUGGGAGCAAACCUGGUGGACAGUUUCAACUGUGAACUAACUAUGCCUUAUCUCUGAGGAUGGGAGGAAGUGGAUCCAAAGCCAAAGGAGUCUGGCCUUUCUCAGGCAGUGGAGCUGGAGGGGAUUCACCUAGUGAUGGAAAUGAGCAGUCUGUGGCCCGUCUCAAAGGUUCCAGAAAUGCAACACCGUUUGUUUUUACCAGAAGGAGCUCUUUGUACUAUGACGAGGAUGGCGACCUCGCCCAUGAAUUCUAUGAAGAGACGGUGGUAACAAAAAAUGGCAGAAAAAAGUCCAAGUUGAAGAGGAUCCAGAAAAAUCUGAUCCCACAGGGCAUUGUGAAGCUGGACCACCCCUGUAUUCAUGUAGAUUUCCCCAUUGUGCUCUGUGAGGUGUGAAAAGUAGCACAGGACUUCUAAAUUAUAAAGUGCAGCCACAGGUCCACAUCUCAAAGGAAAGUCUUGUUCUGGUCUACAUGCAUCGCAGUCAAGACUAGGACCAUGGCUAUGAGAGAAGAUGGAUAAUUCAAACUGGCAUAUUAAACUGAUAUAUUGAAUGAAAUGUUUUACAUUUGAAUUCAACUGUGGUCAGAGGAUGCCCUGGUCACAAAAACCCUAAUUUGAUAUUCACAAUCCUAGUGAUGGUACAGGUGGUGUUUCCACUACCCAGCUGAUAUGUAUGCAGUCAGUAGAGAAACUGUAUUUCUCUUGUAAGUCUUUUGCAGGGAAAAACAUCCUUGAUGUGAAAAGGCUUUAAUGGUAUAUGCCUUCUGUGAGACAUAGAGUGAAACUAUAUGUGCCCUCGUAUGUGUACAUGUGUGCACUUGUGGUUUGUUUAAGUGAGUGUGUGAGAAGGAUUGAAGAUGUACUCACAGGGUAGAAUUAUGAAGGAUUGUGAAAUGUAUUGUAUAUAUGGUCAUGUUCUGUAUUGUCACGUCUGAGUCUGUCUCAGUUACCGAAGCUCAGACCUGCACUAGUGAACAUAAUGCACUGUAAAUAAUUUCAGACUUCUUAGUUGGAAAUACUUGAAUAAAUGGUAACUGAGCUGAAUACCUUGAGUCAAGACACUCUCUUAUUAUGUUGCUUAUGGCUGCUUAUUACCAGUGAGGCAUGUCCUGGAAAAAGAACCCUCUUUGAGGGCUUUUUAUGGAGACCUUUAUUGGAGAGACAGGAUAGAUAGAGUCAGAAAACGGGAUAAGAAAGAGUUGGAAAUGACAAGCGGUGAAGGAGCCACAGGUCGGAUUUGAACCUGGGCCACCCACUUCAAGGACUACAGCCUCUGUACAUGGUGCGCACAAACUAGGCCACUGGCGCCCCAAGCUCUAUAUACUAAUAAUGGCAAUACUCAAUAAUAAACUAUUGUGCCACCCCACUUAGGAUGUCAAUUGAUAGCAUAGUUCAUAUAUGAAGAAACAUUUUCCCAUGAGUAAAUUUUAAAUUCAACACUAA